AUGCUUUGGCCGUAUCACUGGAGCAAAGCAGCCCCGCACAGUCCACGGUCCAGCAAAUUGGCCCAGUCCACACUGCGGCCGUCCAGACCCAUCCCGGCCCAAGCAACUCGACCGCUGCUUCGUCACAGGAAUACAGUCAGAGCAAUCAGACCGUUUCACCAUUACAUACGUCGUCAUUGCCGUCAGGCUCCCAUCUUCAGUAUGGUUCGGCCGUUCCAACUACAACCCAUACUAACCCAGUCAAACCUACGGUGCAUAUCUGGUAUCACCCAUCUCGGUCGCAACGGCCGAACCCCCCAUUCAAGUGGCCCAGCAGGUAAGGCCGCAGAACCAGGGGCAACAAGUUCCACGGCCAGUUGCGGCCCAGCAAGAAGCGCCCCCUCAGGGGCUCCGAUUCGAAGACGUCCGACGAAUGAUCGAGGACGGCAUGGCUCAGAGGCGCCCGGAAACGCCAAGACCUCCUCCAUCGAACACAUAGGCCGUUUCACAGCCCAGUGCGGAGAGGCCGAUUCGGACGCCCAGAAGCUCCGUUUAUUCGUUCACUCUCUGACCGACGCGGCGUUCUCGUGGUUCAUAAACCUUCCGCCGAAUUCGGUGAGGGAUUGGUCUGACAUGGAGAGGAUAUUCCACGAGUAUUUCUAUCAAAUCAACCGGGAAAUAACGGUCGCUGAGUUGGCAAGGAUGAGCCAGGCGUCAGAAGAAUCACCUCGCGACUACCUGCAGCGGUUCAAAACGUGCAGGAACUGGUGCCGCACGAACCUACCGGAGCGGGAAUUUGUCAAGAUGGCCGAAGAAGGGUUGGAAUUUGAAUACCGGAAGAAAUUCCAGGGGAUUGAAUUCCGGGACAUGCACGACUUGAUCAACAAGGUGGACCGAUACGCAUCCUUGUUGAAAGAAGAUGUGUAG